UUCGUUUUGUUGUCGUUUACUUUUGAACAGUUUUAGUACGAGACUGUUCGUACUCCCUUUUACUUGUUCAUAUUUUUCUUGUGCCUGGACCGAACGUUUUCUUCCCGUUCUACAAGACUUAGUGCAGCAGCAUUCAGCCUUCAGGAAGAGGUUUUAUUGCCUCUGUUGUGUGCUUCUUCUCGCCCGAAUAGCAGGACGAUUGGCAUUUGCAUCUUUGCUGGAUACUCAGGUGUUGAAGGUUUCAUCUGCUCGUAGUUUUGGAGCUGAGUAGGGAUCCAUUGCAGUAGUUGUUUUGUACCUGACUAUUGGAUCUCGAUUCCACAGUAGCUUGUGAAGAAUCUGAUUUUCUGCUGGCGAGGAACUUGUGGAGCUUGUGAACAUGGCUACCUACAGUGUGACGGCGGCAAUGGUGAAGGCGCCAGUGAAAAAGGAGCAGCCAGCGCGCUGUCAGAACUGCUACAAAGCCGGCCACUGGACAUAUGAGUGCAAAAAUGAACGCAAGUACUUGGAGCGCUCCAGUCGCACCAAGCAACUAAAGCAGAGGCAGAAACGAGUAGAGGAGCUGAAGGCUCGUGCCGCAGCUGCCGUGGUCAUUGACGGCAGCAGCGCCAAGAAGAAUGGAGUCGACAAAAAGCGUCGCCGCCGAUCUGCGUCAAGCAGUAGCGACAGCUCAUCAGACUCUGAUAGUUCAUCAUCAGAUAGUGACGACAGUGACUCAAGCUCAGAUGACUCCAGCAGCUCUAGUGAGAGCAGCGACAGUAGCUCUAACAGUAGUAGCAGCAGUUCCGAAAGUAGCAGUAGUGACAAUGACUCCAGUUCCAGUGAGAGCAGUAGCAGUAGCGAGGAUAGUGACUCCGACAGCAGUAGUGAGUCUGAUGCGGCACCGCGGAAAAAGAGGCGCAGAAGAUGAAGUAUACACGGACAUAUCUAGUCGUGUUUUUGGCCAGUGCCGGGUUGGAGUGCAUUCAUACUGUCUUCAUGGCAUUGUACAGAGCUGGGGUAACCGGCUAAGCUUCUUCUAGUCUCGCCAAGGCGUCACAGUAUCGGCGAUGCAGUAUUGAAUGCAUGCCAGGGCCGCAACGGACUCAGUAAGCCAUGGGUGCUGGCCUUUAGUAUAACCAGGACUGCUCCCAGCUCAAAUUUGUUGACAUGGUAUAUAUUGGGGACCACUCCCUGUCACUUUCCUGCUCUUCGCUCUGCCGGCGGCAUGCUCGACCAGUUGAUCUGUGUGGUCCUAGUAUGCUUGAGCACCAGGAGAUGUGCAGGGUAACAACAGUCCAGUUGUUUCAACUGCCACUGAAUGGCCCUAUGCACCGAUGGGAAGCCAGCAGUCUUCAUCCUUUAGGCUUGUCCCAUGAAGAAUGGGUCUUAAAUGCUGCAUGGUGUGCUGGGGUGUACACCUUUCCGUGCCCUGUAGAUUUUGACCAUAAUAACAAUAAAUCCCAUGCCGUGAAAGUAAGUCACUGAACUUUCAGCUUGUUGACAUUUGCUUGAUACUCGAGCCUGUCAGGCGCACGAGCUCACGUACGUACGUGCGUGAAUAUGUGUGUGUGUGCGCGCGUGCGUGUGUGGUGUGUGUGUGUGUGCAUGUGCGUUUGUAGUAUGUGUGUGUGGUGUUCGUGUCCAUGUUGCCUAGAACAUCUCAAAAAUUAUAAUCUGAUCAAUGUUUUCUUUUUCGCGAGUACUAUUAGUAUACUCGCCUUGCUGCUAGCUUGUAUGUGGCACAUCCGUUACUUGUGAUUGUCUGUGUGUACCUCCGUUUUGUCAAAAGUCAUAUACACCCGUAUGUUCUCUUCCAGAGCGCCUGUGUCUGUUGGUUUUGAAGUUUUCAUUUUGUGUCCUCCGGGCAGAGUCAUUUCUCUUUGCUUUCCUUUGGUUAGGUUUUAGGAGUGCCAACUGUGCUAUUUGUUAUGUGCGCGGUAGUAUUGGCUUACAAGUAGUGCUCUACCAUUUUUCUUGAUCUCCCGCUUCUCAACGUUUCAGUUGCCUUUUAUUUCUUCAAAAGGAGCAGCGAUCUCUUUGAAAAGCAGGUGUUGAUCUGAGUAUGAUG